AUGUGUUCUGUUCAAAAAAAGUUGAAACCUGGAGGCUUGGUUGGUGGGGCGCAUAAUCUGCUAGAAGAGAUGAAACUGUUGAAGGAAAUGCAGGAUCAUUCUGGGACAAGGAAGACAAUAAAUUCUGAGCUAUGGCAUGCUUGUGCUGGUCCAUUGGUUACCUUGCCUCAGGUUGGAAGCCUGGUGCACUAUUUUCCUCAAGGACAUAGUGAGCAGGUGGCAGUUUCCACCAAUAGAACAGCAACUUCACAAAUACCCAACUAUCCUAAUCUCCCUGCUCAAUUGUUGUGCCAAGUUCACAACGUUACACUCCAUGCAGAUAAAGAUACAGACGAGAUAUAUGCCCAAAUGAGCCUUCAACCUGUGAACUCUGAAAAAGAUGUUUUUCCCAUACCGGAUUUUGGGCUAAAGCCUAGCAAACAUCCAACCGAGUUCUUCUGCAAAACUUUGACGGCAAGUGAUACAAGCACACAUGGUGGCUUCUCAGUUCCUCGGAGGGCUGCAGAAAAGCUCUUUCCCCAAUUGGACUACUCGAUGCAACCUCCAACUCAGGAGCUUGUUGUACGAGAUUUGCAUGAUAAUACGUGGACUUUUCGUCAUAUAUACCGAGGUCAGCCAAAGAGACAUCUACUCACAACUGGUUGGAGUAUGUUUGUCGGUGCAAAGCGGCUUAGAGCAGGUGAUGCUGUUCUAUUUAUCAGGAAUGAAAAAUCUCAAUUGUUGCUGGGAGUUAGGCGUGUUAACCGUCAGCAAACAGCUUUGCCAUCUUCAGUGCUGUCCACUGAUAGCAUGCACAUUGGAAUCCUUGCUGCAGCAGCUCAUGCUGCUGCUAAUAGAAGUCCGUUUACUGUUUUUUACAAUCCAAGGGCAUGCCCUUCGGAAUUUAUCAUUCCUUUGGCUAAAUAUCGAAAAGCUGUAUAUGGUACACAACUCUCCGUUGGUAUGAGGUUCGGAAUGAUGUUUGAAACUGAAGAAUCAAGUAAACGCAGAUAUAUGGGCACUGUUGUUGGAAUAAGUGACUUAGAUCCUCUCAGAUGGCCUAAUUCAAAGUGGCGUAGUCUUCAGGUUGAGUGGGAUGAGCCUGGAUGUGGUGAUAAACAGAAUCGAGUUAGUCCAUGGGAAAUCGAGACUCCUGAAAGUCUCUUUGUAUUUCCAUCCUUAACUGCAAGUUUCAAACGCCCUUUCCACUCUGCGUUCAUAGGAGCACAAACAGAAUGGGAUAGUCUGAUUAAUGGACCUCUCAUUCAAGUUCCUGAAAAUAGAAACGCGGACUUUCAGUAUUCCUCAGUAUCAACCCUGUGGUCAGAGCAAUUAAUGAAGAUGCUUAUGAAGCCUCAUGGAGUAAGCCAUCCUGGCAAUGUUGCACCUUCUAUGCUAGAAACUAUCAUUAAUGAUGCUGCCUUGCAAGAAUCUAAGGCUCUAAUGCAAUCAGAAAUCAGGCAGAAACCUGAGCUGAUCCAUCCAGAAAUGGCAUCACUGCAAAGAGAAACUUAUCCUCAAAGCUUAGUUGGCCAACCAAAUAUCACCAACUCGAACAGUUAUGGAACUAAUUCAGAAUUGGAAAAAUUAGAACCUGUACUUGCUAAUAAUCAGCUAAGCCAGUUUGAAUCACAGGGGCCAGGGCCGACCAAUGAAGACAAGCUAUCGGUGAAGCCUACUAAUCCUAAUAAUCUUGUAGCUGAUCUUGCAAUUUUGAACCAGAACAGUGGCUCAUUACCUUUGCAAACGAAUCCUUGGAUCAUGCAAUCACGUCUGGAGUCUCAAGUAUUGCAGAGUCCACAAAGUGAUUUAUCCCAAUUAGAGUCUGCUAAUAUCAAUAGCUUGCUUCAAAACCCUGGUCGGGUAGAAUGCAAUUCAUACAUGCCCGUGUGUCAUCCUCCGACUGCAUCUUUUAGCACUCCGGGAUAUUCAUCCAUUUUGAAGAGAUCUGACCAGACUACUACGUCAGCAGAAACUGUUUGUCCUGUACUGCCUUCAACAGGACAAGGAUUGUGGGAUCCUCAGUUAAACAAUCCCAAGUGUGCCUCCCAGGAAAACCUUCUUGAUCCAUCACCACAUCAUGACUUAUCUAAUCUUCAGUAUGCAUCUAGUUCAUAUGGCUUGAAAGACUUGUCAGAAGAGAGCCAUGCCCAGAGUGAUAUAUACAAUUGUCCUAAUCUUGACGAUUAUCUCAUGGGAAACUUCAGUUCGAGCCAAGAUGUUCAAUCUCAGAUUACAUCAGCUAGUCUAGUAGAUUCUCAGACUUUCUCUCUGCAAGAAUAUGCUGACAAUUCAGGCGGGGCAUCCUCAAACAAUGCGGACUUUGAUGACAAUACUCUUUUGCAGAAUAGCUCAUGGCAGCAAGUAACUCCAAGGUUCCGUACCUAUACAAAGAUUCAGAAGGCUGGAUCGGUUGGAAGGUCGAUUGAUGUCUCAAGUUUCAAGAAUUAUGAUGAACUGCGCUCUGAAAUUGAACGCAUGUUUGGACUUGAAAGGUUGCUCAACGACUCUGGUUCUGGUUGGAAGCUAGUUUAUGUGGAUUUCGAAAAUGACGUUCUUCUUGUUGGGGAUGAUCCUUGGGAGGAGUUUGUUGGUUGUGUGAGAUGCAUCAGAAUAUUAUCGCCCUCGGAAGUUCAACAGAUGGGUGAAGAGGGAAUGCAGCUUUUAAACUCUGCUGUGGUGCAAGGGGUAGAUGGAGGAGGAGGAUUCCAUCGUCAUGGUCCGAACUGA